AUGCCAGAGACCGGGACUCGGAGAACUCCGUUAGCAACGAAUUGGACAAAUAACUUCAACAUGGAAAACGUAUCAAACAGACUCAACAUCAACUCAGAAAAAGAAUCUCAGGACCUUUUGCUUCGAAACAUCAGAGCAUUGCCAGAACGAGAGCCACUACCACCUAGCACAAUGGCCUCUUCAUCAACACAACUACCACUCAUGUCUCGGAGAGACUCAGAAUCAUGUAAUACGACAAGAAACAACGUCUGGAUUGCAAGGACAGUACGAGCUGCCAUGUCUGGUGUUUUGUCUAAGCCAUAA